AAGACAUAUGCACCGGAAGUUCAUCUCAUCAGGCCAUAUCGCCGAGUUGCUUUUACACUGGGUGUAAUUGCCUAAUCAACGACGUCAUCUCACAAAAUACUCUCCUUAAUACUAUACACUCUCUGAUUUGCUUCCAUCCAGACGUUCGUCAAAUAUUUUUGCUUCAACAUGGCUCCCGGGAUCAUAUCUAACCCAAGCCCUCGAAGCACCAGUCCUCCGGCCUUUAGCAUCGCUAAAGCCGUGAAAAACUUUCUAUUCAACCGGAGCAUCAGGGCUCCUCCGCUACGUGUACUCAGGGGGACAGCUGGAGCCAACAACAACAACAUCAGCAACAACACAUAUCAUCUUGAGGAUGGAACUCAGAUCUACAACGCCUCCGGUGGUGCUGCUGUAACCUGUAUUGGGCAUUACAACAAACGAGUCGAGGACGCUAUAGUCAAGCAAAUACGUCUGGGACUCAGCUACGUUCCUUCCGGAGCAUUCUAUCCUGAUGUCGCCGAAGAUUUGGCACGCGAUCUGAUCGCUUCCACCGAUGGCAAGAUGAGCAGAGCUGUCUUCUACAGUUCAGGCUCCGAAGCAUCGGAGGCAGCAAUGAAACUCUGCGUCCAGUAUCAUGCUAAAGAGAAGCAAAGUCCUGAGCUGACUCGCACUCUUUUCAUUGCUCGAGAACGCUCAUACCACGGAGCAACACUUGGAGCCCUCGCUAUCAGUGGAAUGCCUACACGAAAGGAUAUCUAUCAACAUGUUCUCCCCGCGAAUGUACACACAAUAUCUCCAUGCAACCCUUACCGGCACCGCUACGAAGAGGAAUCAGAUGCGCAAUACGUUGACCGCCUGAAGGAAGAACUUGAACAAAAGAUCCUGAAACUUGGUGAAAAGAACGUCGCUGGUUUUAUUGCGGAACCAGUGGUAGGAGCAGCACUCGGCUGUGUCCCUGCACUACCCGGCUAUCUUAAGGCUAUGCGCAAAGUCUGCGACAAAUAUGGCAUCCUCCUCAUCCUCGACGAGGUGAUGUGUGGCAUGGGCCGCACCUCCAGUGGCAACCUACACGCUUGGCAAGACGUAGGUGAAGGGGCAGUCCCCGACAUCCAGAUCAUCGGCAAAGGACUCGCGGGCGGCUUCCAAGCCAUAUCGGGCAUGCUCGUUGGCAAGCCAAUUGUCGACGCUUUCAUAAACGGGCCCGGUAGCGGCGCGUUUUCUCAUGGCCACACGUUCCAGAACUUUCCCGUUGCAUGUGCGGCGGCGCUGGAGGUGCAGAAGAUUGUACGCGAAGAGAAAUUGCUGCAGAAUGUUUCGCAGAAGGGAGAGGUGCUUUCUGAGAAGCUGAAGCGAAGACUUGGAGGACACAGAAAUGUUGGGGAUAUUCGUGGCAAGGGUCUCUUCUGGGGAAUCGAAUUCGUCCAAAACAAAGAGACCAAGGAAUCAUUCAAUUCCAAGGACAUGGUGGCCUGGAACAUGUCUCAGAAGGGACUCACGCGUGCUUAUGGCAUCUUCGUCUACCCCGGAUCAGGCUCUGUCGACGGCGACAAGGGAGAACACAUCAUCAUUGCCCCAGCGUACAACAUCACAGACGCUGAAGUCGAUCUCAUUGUCGAGCGCGUCGCCAACCUGAUCGAAGACUUCUUUGAUGGUUAUAUCCCGUCGCCGUUAUAACCCGGUCGAUCGACGCUUUCCAUCGCAUUGGGCACACGCAGGAGAACUGCUACGGAGUAUAGCAUUUUGUUACCUUUCGGUUUGGUGGUUUUUUGCAUUCGGCAUAUGUACCUGCAUCUGGGAUCGGCUGUUUGAACAAACUAUUGUUCGAGCCUCGCCCACACGCUCUCCCACAUCUUGAGCUGGUCUCUGUGUUUGCUGGCUCGCCUACCAUAGUGCUCACAACUAUAUGAUGCGACUGAUAUCUUCUUGCGCUUCUACUGCAUAGUAUGCAUGUUGUGUGUGUUG